AUGGAGUACUCCCUCUUUGAGUUCUGCUCCAUUGUUGCCCUCAUAACUUUUGCUUACCUUUGCCAUCAAUGCAUAGGAAAGCUCAUGAAGAACAAGACCAAUGACCCACCUGAAGCCACCGGAGCCUUGCCGGUGAUCGGUCACCUUCACUUGUUCCGUGGACCUAAACCACUCUACCAAGUCCUAAGCGACAUGGCCGACAAAUACGGUCCGGCUUUCAUUGUCCGUUUCGGCUCUUGCCGCACUUUGAUACUAAGCAAUUGGGAGGCCGUCAAGGAUUGCUUCACCACAAAUGAUAAAGUUGUCGCUGCCCGGCCGGUGAAUGCCGCCACCGAACACCUCGGCCAUAACUACGCCAUGUUUGGCUUUGCGCCAUACGGCAACUACUGGCGUGCUGUGAGGAAGAUCACUUUGACUGAGCUUCUUUCUCCUGCCAGGCUUGAAAUGCUUAAACAUGUCCCAGCUGCUGAAGUGAACACUUGCAUGAAAGAACUUUUCACAAUGUGCACAAGUGACAGUCAUAUUGUUGCUAGGGUUGACAUGAAGAAGUGGUUUGGGAACUUGAAUUAUAAUAUAGUGGUUCAGAUGAUAGCUAGUAAGAGAUACUUUGGGUCUGGGAGUGUGUCUGAAGAGGCAUGGAGGUUUAGGGAUGCAGCCACUCAGUUCUUUCAUCUAAUUCUAUCUUUUGUGCCUUCUGAUAUGUUUCCUUUUCUUGGGUGGAUGGAUAUUGGAGGGUAUAUUAAAGCCAUGAAGAAGGCUUCCAAGGAGAUGGAUGAUGAGAUGGAUAGAUUGGUGGAGGAGCAUAGGAAGAGAAGGGCUUGUAGGGAUGAUUGUGAUCAUGAUCAGCAUAACCAUAGUCCUGACUUCAUGGACUUGAUGAUUUCAUCCUUGGAAGGCAAACAGCUUGAAGGGUUUGAUUGGAAGACUGUUAUCAAGACAACCUCAUUGACCAUGAUACUUGGAGGCACUGACACAACAAGCACAUCCCUAACCAAAGUGUUGAUAAAUCUACUAAACCAUAAAGAGGUGUUAAAAAAGGUCCAAUUAGAGCUGGAUGAGCAGGUUGGCAAAGGCCGAGUAGUGAACGAGUUAGACACAAAAAACUUGGUCUAUUUACAAGCGGUCAUCAAAGAGUCAUUCAGAAUGACUCCUCCGGACCCAUUUCUGAUUAGACGAGCCACACAAGAGGAUUGCAUUCUGGCAGGGUAUCAUGUUCCCAAAGGGACACAGGUUUUAGUAAAUGCAUGGAAGGUGCAUAAUGAUCCUCAAGUGUGGCCGGAGCCGGAGAAGUUUCAGCCGGAGAGGUUCUUAUCUAGUUAUAAAGAUAUCGAUGUGAAGGGCCAACAUCAUGAGCUUAUUCCAUUUGGGACAGGGCGAAGAGUUUGUCCUGGAGUUACCAUGGCUUUGCAAAUCAUGUACUUGACACUUGCUCGGCUUAUUCAAGGUUUUGAGCUUAGAACACUAAAUGAUUUUCCGGUGGAGAUGGAAGAUGGUUUGGUCUCUUUGGCCUCGGACUCGGCUCCUUUUAUGGUUGAGCUCAUUCCUCGUCUUACACCAGAGCUUUAUUAA